AAGCAGUCAGCCACCUGAUUAUGUCUAUACAUAUUGAAGUUUGAAUGAUCUAAGAACAGCUGUAUAUCCAAAAGGCUUUAUGGCAGCGUCUCAUGGUGGCUAUCUAUGCAACGUGGAGCGUUGCUCGGGACCUUUUGAGCCAAAAUCUUUCCCCUCUUAAAAUUUCAGCCCAGGUUUAUGUCGUCUGUUACUAGUGAUUUAGGCGAUAUUCACACCAAAGCAAUGAUUUUCUUCCACCAUCGGCAAAUCAAGACAGAGCUGGGCUCAAACCUCUAAGCCUCGAAUUUCGACCAGGUAAUUUUGGUCUUAUUAGUAUCCUCAACGUUCAGUCGCAGAAUGCUACUUUUUUUCUGUGCGGACCGGCCAUUGGCCUUGGGUUCUUGCCGAUCGGAUUCUCGGCCUCAUGAUCGCGCCGAACUUUCGCAAGGACAAAUGCUAAAUGAUGUUCCAAUACACAUUAGUUUCCUGGAUUCUGAAUGGCAUUGUAAUCAUCUCCUGUUUUCUGAAAAAUCUGCAGCUCAAUAAGAAGUUAUGGAGUCAGCACCACAAAUUGCAGUCAUAAUCUGCAGCGCGAGGAAGCCAAGAGUCUGUCCUCAAAUCGCCGAAUUCGUCAUCCAGACAGUUGUUUCACACUCACCAGCUGUCAAGGAUCAGCUGCAUAUCAUUGAUCUGGCAGAGCGACAGCUUCCGUUCUUUGACGAACCCGGCAUUCCUUCUCAAAUAGGAGAUUACACCGAAUAUGCACACGAGCAUACUAGGCAGUGGAGUCUGGAGGUACAAAAUUAUCAGGGCUUCAUCUUCAUCCUCCCUCAGUACAACUGGGGCUAUCCAGCAGUUCUUAAGAAUGCGAUCGACUUCCUAUUCAAAGAAUGGAACAAGAAGGCCGCAAUGAUUGUAAGCUAUGGUGGCCACGGCGGAACCAAAGCAGCCGAGCAACUGCGUCAGGUCCUCAAUGGGGUCGCCAUGCAUGUCAUUGAAACCAUGCCUUCCCUAACAUUCGGAUCAAAGGAAAUCACGAGGACGGCAAUGGCGGGACAAAAAAUGCCUCCUAUGGGUGGAGAAGGCGGUCUCUGGGAAUCAAAGCAAGACGAAAUACUUGCGGCGUUCAAUGAACUCAACGCGCAUAUCCACAAGCGAGAUUCGAAAGAAGGAUAGAUGAGGACUAACGGAUGCUCUAUUUCGUGGUGUCUAGCAUAACAGCUAUUUGAUAUAAAAUUAGCCUGUAACAAGAUGUAAACAAGGUGGUCAAAAGGAAGAGUCAGCUGGCUAUAAAUUAUGAGGUCUUCCAGAAUGCAUGUCUGAACAACUAAGAGGAUGACAGACUUUGGAUGUAGAAUCCUCGCAAUCAUUGAACCCGACUACUGAAUAUGCACAUGUUUCAGAAAUAGCUUACUCAAGAUACUCUACACAAAGCUCAUGAGGGUGGACCUGCUCAAGGAAGUUUCCCGUGCCCAACAGGCGUCUUUGACGACGCAGCGAAUAAAAGAAACCCG